GGCUACAUCAGCAAGCCGGUGCCGGGCGGCUGCGAGGUGCCGCCGGUGCCCCCGCGCAGGGUGCGCAGCGGGCGGGCGGCGGCGGCACUGGGGGCGGCGCUGGGCGGCCGCUGCCGGGCGGCGGGGAGCGGGGCCGGGGCCGCAGCGGGGAACGGGGCGGGUGCAGGAGCCGAGCCCCGGCGCAGCAUCAAGUGUGUGCUGGUGGGGGACGGCGCCGUGGGGAAAACUAGUCUGGUCGUGAGCUACACCACCAACGGGUACCCCACCGAGUACAUCCCCACUGCCUUCGACAACUUCUCUGCUGUGGUGUCUGUGGAUGGCAAGCCGGUGCGACUGCAGCUCUGUGACACGGCUGGGCAGGAUGAGUUCGACAAGCUGAGGCCUCUGUGCUACACCAACACAGACAUCUUCCUGCUGUGCUUCAGUGUUGUCAGCCCCUCGUCCUUCCAGAACGUCAGCGAGAAGUGGGUCCCUGAAAUCCGAUGCCACUGCCCCAAGGCGCCCAUCAUCCUGGUGGGGACACAGUCGGACCUCCGGGAGGAUGUCAAGGUGCUCAUCGAGCUGGACAAGUGCAAGGAGAAGCCGGUCCCAGAGGAGGCCGCAAAGCUCUGUGCUGAGGAAAUUAAAGCUGCAUCCUACAUCGAGUGCUCGGCUUUGACUCAGAAAAACCUCAAGGAGGUCUUUGAUGCAGCCAUUGUGGCUGGAAUUCAGUACUCAGAUACCCAGCAGCAACCAAAGAAAUCCAAGUGUAGGACUCCAGACAAGAUGAAAAACCUCUCUAAAUCCUGGUGGAAAAAAUACUGCUGUUUUGUAUAGGAGUUGUGAGGACCCGAGUGCUGCUCUGAGGAAAUCAAAUAGAAGCUAUAUUAGCUGAAAUCUCAUUCUGUGUUGUCUGGAGUGUAUAGCUUAGGUCUGUAUGUAUGUGUGUAUGUUGCUACUUGGUAUCUCCGUUGCCCUCAAGAGGGUGGCAGAAGGAUUUGUAGUUAAAAUCAUGGCUAUAAAUCAAGUCUGGCAUUGAGUUUCGUGACUAAUAUCUUUCAUUGCGGAAGAAGUGCACCAUGUAUCUGUGAAGUUAUAAGGAUUUGUCCAAAGGAUUUGACUUCUUGUCUUACCAUGUGUACCGGAUCGGGAGGAACAGACAGGAGCCUUUUGCUGCAAGGGCUGCGCAGGAGGACUGUGGAAAUGUAGAGCUGUGUACACGGACGGUUCAAGGGAAAAUAACACUGUGCCUCCUAACGGACCUUUCUAGCUUUAAAAAACCCACUCCUGCUCUUUUCUCCAUGUCUUCCCAAACCAACAGUCUUAGGGAUCGCUUUAAAAAGGGUAUGCAAGAGGUGUAAUCUGUAUGCAAAUGCUGUGGUUGGAAAGGUCACAUAUAUACCUUCAGCAUGCUGUGAGGGAACCUGAUAUGUUACAGCACUGACAUCUCAUUUGUCACCUCCUGAUUUGAGGGUCAUCUUUGUCCUUUUCCCUUCAUGCUGAGGGCAUCAUAAGGAAGCCCAAGGAGUGUUACUGAGCCUUAGCUCACCACUUUGGGUGGCAGUGGGUUUCUCUCUCUCUUUGUGUGGACGUGAUGACAGUUAGUCUAUUUCAACAGAAAGGAAUGUAAAUGCUGUUGGGUUGUUUUUUUUUUUUAAGUUUUUUUUUUUUUUUUUUUAAGUUUUUUUUAAUUUUUUUUUUUUAAAGAGUUGUAACAAAUAUCUGUGCAGCACCAUGCAAAUUGCGUCUGUUUUUACAGCCAAGAGUUUCAGAAUGCCCCUCCUUACCUCUCAGGCUGCUGAACAAACAACAAAGCAGGCAGAUAAAGGUGAUAACAGACUGGACUCCAGCAACUGAGGCUGCUGUGUCCUCUUUAUCAUGCUGUUUUCAACCAAGUUAAUGUUUUCUUCCUAAAAGCAACAGUUGCUUAUGGUUGAAUCUUGUCCAAACUCAUGCUGGGAAAAUGGGCUGAGGCCACUCUGAAAAUGCAACUGACAGUGUUUUCCCAGAUCAGUCCAACAGGUUAAAUGUCCCUAAAAUAUAGCUGAAUGAUCAAGGUAAUGCAGAGCUGUGUGUGACCCACCCUCUGACUGAAUCCAAUUCCUACUGGGCUAAGCCUAAUUUCAGUCCCUGUAGGUUUGAGAGACUGGAAGAGUAAUGUGACUCUCUGCAAGAAUGGUAUUUUAACUUUUUCUGCAGAGGGCAUUUAGUCUGUCUUUUUGUCUGUCUUUUUAUGGCCCCCAACUACUUUUUUUUUUUUUUUUC